AUGGCACCUCGCAGAGCCGUCGCGGCGGUGGGGGGUGGUGAUGCAACGUCAACCCACGACGAGGCAGACUCCGACGACUCGGUUCCGCCUGUUUUCAACACCACAUUCUCGACUCAUCGCGUGUCGCCACUGUACGUCGGUCCCGGUGGGCUCACAACGGCUCGGCUCGAGCUGCUAGCACAUCGGUUGCGUGACACCCUCGUCGGUGACGUCGUCCGCGGUAUCCAGGUGGCCGUCGAGGCAUCAGACACGCCAAUGGGCCAAGUCGGUACCCUGCGAUCCGUCUCCAUCCGCUGGUUCCAGCCAUCAAGCUUCGUCAUGGCUGGGUCUGCGGAAGGAUUUCUCGACGGCGACGACGGUGGCAAUCAGCUCCCGGACGUUGAGCAAAAGGGCCUGUCGAUCGAACUUCGGCAUGAGAACGCUUCCUACAGGGCGAUACUUUUGCCUAGCUUCUCGGCUCACAGCGAGGUCAGACCCACGCCGAGAUGGGCCAUGCCGCAGGGAAACGAAGCAGCCGACGCGGGCCACUUUGUUGAGCUUCCACUGCUGCUGCUGAGGAUGCCGCAGGCGCUCAAGGCCGUUCUGGGCGGUUGGCUCGCGACGACGUUUGAUUGCCGCGUAAGCAAGCUCGUCCUCGGCACGAAGACGCUCGUCGGCGUGUGGGAGAGUUGGAUCAAAACGGCAGGAGUGUCGAGCAAGGGCCCCGACUUUGUCUUCACCCUAUCCUUCCACGCAGCGCCGGCUCGCGUUGCGGGCGAGGACGCGACGGCCGAAACGGAGCAUGGUCUUCGGACGCUCGAAGUCACGGUGGCUCCCACCGACCUGCGACGCUUCCUACGGGCGGGGGACGCGGACGGCCCGUUGAACGGUUUGGACAGGGCCGCCUCUGCCAGCUGGGCCGGCGACGGGCGCGAGCGACGGAGGCUCGCGGGGGGCAACGUCGAUGACGGCUGGGCCUGGCGUACGCUCGACGAGGCGCCGAAGCAUCCCUUUACGGAAGCGCUGGCACGCUAUCUCGACCGCCAUCUCGCGCUGAACCUUUUCCACCCAAGCGUGCGUGUCGUUCAGAUCUCGUGCGGCGCCUUUGUGCUGGCGCAGUCGCGGCUCAAGCUCGUCAAGCUUGGCGAUGUCACAGCCGAUCUCGUGCGAGCGUCGUGGAUGUUUCUGACGCAGCUCGGCGCUCGUGUACGGGACGACGCAUUGGUCAAGGGGUGA